AUGCCCCUCACUACAAUAAACCAAGGUGCUUUUUCGAAGUUGGAGGAUCUCUCAGCUUGGGCUUCCGAAACGAACGAAUUCAAGAAGGAGCAAGAUAACCUUUUAAGGUGCGUGGACGAAGGCCGCCAUGUCAAAGUUGCCCCUUUGUUAGGAGAAUUAGGAUUCAACAGAAUAAAGGGCUAUGGAUACUCGAUCUGGCGUGUUACCGGGAAAAUCGCCUUGAAGGCAACACCCCAUUACCAAUCACUCUUUUUUCCCCUGUCUAUCAGGUCAGGUUCUGAGAAUGCAGCGGGAGAGGUCCAAGUCGCGGGCGAAACGCUCACACCAGGAACUUACAUCUCAUUCGCUAGUCUGAUUACUUUCGACAGUCAAUUAGAUUGUCUAAUUGUUUAUUUACCUGAGACUGUCGUCCCAUCCACAGCUGGGAAGUGA